AUGCAAAGAACAAUAACUUCCGAAAAUUCUUCUUCUGCUUCUUCAUCUUCCAUUGCAGGAGGAAGGAAUGGAUUAGAAGUUGUUUUAGAUAAUAUAGAGGCUGCUCUUAAAAUCGGAUCCAUUCUGAAAACUACCUAUGGACCAUUCGGAAGAGAUAAAUUGUUUUGUGAGAGGGAGAGUGGUAAAAUCACAAUCACCAACGAUGGAGCCACCAUUCUUCAAUAUUUGAAAAGGAAAAUUAAAAAAGGACCAAAUGAUAAACAACAAUCAAAAGUUGAGAGUAUCAAAUGGGCAUUUAGUACGGAACCUGUAAUUGAAUUAUUGGUGAAUAUUAGCCAGACACAGGAUGAACAAGUGGGUGAUGGAACAACAAGUGUGGUAUUGUUGGCUUGUGCCUUGUUGAGGCAAGCUAAACAUUUACUGAAUCUUGGAUACAAUGUUCAUACUAUUAUACAGAGCUAUAAGCUGGCACAUCAACUUGUAGAGAAGGAAUUGAAGGAAAUUGAGCUGCAUCUUAAUCUGGAGGAUUGGAAUGAAAGUACUAGAAAUAUUUUGAUUGAACUUGUGAGAGUACCUUUCAAUAGUAAGAUUUUGAAAAAUCAUUCAUCCUUUUUUGCCUCACUACUGGUGGAUUCAUACUAUAAAUUGAGAACAGUUCAACAAGAAAGAAACUCUCAAAUAGGAGAUGCAUUCUCUAUUGAGAAUAUUCAAUUUUGCCCAAUUCCUGGUUCUUCAAUACAAGAUUCUUUCGUAAUUGAGGGAAUUUGUUUCAGGAGACCUUUUUACUAUGCAGGAUAUGAACAACAACAAAAGAAAAUUGAAAAUCCAAAAAUCCUCAUCCUCAAUCAUGAAUUGGAACUCAAGCACCAGAAAGAAUUUGCUAGAAUUGUUAUUAAUAAUCCAAUCCAAUAUCAGAAUUUUAUUGAAACAGAGUGGAAUUUGCUAAAGAGACAACUGGACGUCAUUACCAACACAAAGUGUGAUCUUAUUCUUAAUUUACAAACUACUGGAGAUAUUGCCACUCAGUGGUUUACACAAAAUGGAAUCACCUCACUUGGAAAGAUGGAUUCUAAAACCAUUGAAUCAAUUGUCAAGUCAUUGGGUGGUCAGAUAUUCUCCUCCAUUGAAGAUCUUUCUACCAUGUAUGAGAAUGAACAAUUGUAUGGAACAUGUUCCAUGUUUGAGGAGAAAACUGUUGGAGAGGAUUUUUACUGUAUCUUGUCUGGAUUUAAAAAGUCAGGCCAUGAUGAAACAAUGACCAUCGUACUCAGAGGAGAGGAAAAUAUUCUGGAAGAAUCGAAGAGAAGUAUGCACGAUGCAUUGUGUAUUUUAGAAAAUGUUAUCAGAGAACCUAUUUGCCAUCUCGGUGGAGGUGCCACUGAAAUGCAUUUAAAAACUCUCCUUCACAAGUAUUGUCUUGACAAGUCAACCAAAACCACCAAUAGCCACGCCCUAUCCAUUCUCGAGUGCAUGAAAUCAUUUGGAAAAUCUUUAGAGGAAAUUGUUUUCAUUCUGUGUGACAAUGCUGGACUCAAUGCAUCCAAAGUUAUUGAGACACUAUCCUUACAACAUGAAAGUGGAAAUACCUAUUGUGGACUCAAUCUUUCAAGAAAUUCCAUCAUGAGUCUCCUGCCACCACAUCACACCAAACCGUGUGGAGUGAAGAGAAACAUUUUCCAAACUGCCACCGAAGCUGCCUGUUUCAUACUAUCCAUUGAUUUUGUUGUAGUAAUGCCCUCCCUCGAGAGUGAAGAGGAACGUGCCAAUCGACUUGCCUCAGAAUAUCAACAGCAAGAACGACUCUCCAAACAAUGGUCCUCUCACCUUAAAAACAUGGAAAGAGAAAAGACAAGUUUUAUCUAG